AAAGUAGUCAUGGUGUGCCAAGCAGCUAGUCAAACGAGAUUUCGAGCAUUGAAACAUGAAAAUGGAACUGCUGGGAGCUCCACCAUUAUAGUUAGAGUUAUAGCGUGCUUUCACCCUCUCCGAGAAUGCCAGGCUGAAUACUUCCGUCAUUUGCUCAAACCUGUCACGUAGAAUAGUUUUUUCUUCCUCUGUUUGGAUUAAGCUGGUGCUUGUUGUUUUCCUUUACUUGUUCGUGAAAGAAACAGAUAGUUAUAGGUAGUUCGUGUGCUGAAAUCGCUUUCAUUCAGGGGAUUGUUCUGGUUGAAUGGGGAAAGACUUUGGAACCUGGAUCCCGGAGCUGCAUUUUGAUCAGCAAUCACCCAAUUUGAGUUCCUUUGGCGCUAACCUUGAUGCGGGGAAGCAAAAUGUUUCUGCAUUUAUGAACCCUGGCAUAUAUAUGACGUCUGAAAAUUAUACAAUUCCAGACUAUGCAUCCCCCAUGCUACCACAUUCGCAGUUAGGACAGUCUAAUGAGCCUUGUGGUUGGUACUAUGGUUCACCUCCCUUUCGACAGGCAUUCAUGCCUGCUCCGAACAUUGCUCUGGAGAGCAAGCUCCCUGCUGGCCAGAAAGUUGUUAGGGAGGGAAUUGCACCCAAUGGGAUACUGGGCUUCCCUAAGAAGCAGUUCAUCGUUAUUGACCAGACUGUCAAUCAGACGACAAUGGUAUAUAGUUCUGGGUUUGGAAGGCCCAUUGAGUGCCUUGCUUCUUGGCCUUCAAGGAUGCAUGGUCCUGACUGUUUGAAUGGGAAUGAACCUUCUUUUAGAAGAGAUUUGAAUAAUCUUAAUGGACCGACUUUGACCGGUAAAGUUGAUAAAAAUCAGGGAACUGAGGCCCAAAGUGAGAUGCAUGAAGACACAGAAGAAAUCAAUGCGUUACUUUACUCUGAUAGUGAUGGUUACUCCACUGAGGAUGAUGAAGUUACCAGCACAGGGCAUUCGCCUAGUAUAAUGACCACUCAUGAUGACCAAGACUUCUUUUGCGGAAGCAAUGAAGGAGUUGGUAGCUCUGCUGGGAAAACAAAGAAGCGGAAGCUGUCAGACGAUGGGGCUCAUGAUGACCUACAAUUCAUGGACAGUGCCAGUUCUCUGAAUUUGAAUAGAUCCUUUGAUAAUGGAUAUGAUGCUGAAUCAAGAUGUUCCAGUGGCAGCAGUGAAGGAUCAGACAAGAAGAUGAGGAAAGAGAGGAUACGGGAUGUUCUAAACGUUCUGCAAACCGUAAUUCCUGGUGGAAAAGAAAGGGAUCCAGUUAGGCUUCUUGAUGAAGCAAUACAUUGCCUGAAGUUACUAAAACGCAAGGCUAGAGCUCUAGGACUCCAUGACUCGUAAGUUGAAGGAUUUUUAGCCACUUGUAUAAGUGGCAUAUUACCAUUAGAUGAUCUGUCCUGGUCAAGUGUUAGUUGUCGGAGUCUGUAGAAUAAACAAGUGGGAUAUGUCUGGAGUUUGCACUGAGCGCAGGAGAUGUGAAGCGUGAAUCGAAUAUUGUAAGGGAACUGAACGAGGGUGUGAGCUCCACUCCUGAAGCCUUUUCCUCAUUGAUUGAGAGUUAGAAAUCUGGCGGUGGUUUGGGCGGUGUAAUUUAUGUAUGUAGUGUGUAAAGGAAAGGGGAGGUGCUGAGCAUAUUAUGGCACAAUAAAGGAAAUGUGAAUCAUUAGUCCAUGUCUUAGGGUUUAGAGAAAGUAGUGGCACUCACACAAGGGCGUGGGAUAUGAGCUGUUUUGAAUGAGAAGACUGAUUAUUUUCAGAAAAGGACCCCAAAAAUGGGAGCGCACGCCUCUUGGUCGAUAUGGGACCCAGUCUUACUCCCCCCUUUUUGUACUCUUGUCAUGUUUAAUCCCUUGUGGGUUUACCUUUUCUCUGAUGUACUAAUUCUCACUAGCUAAGCCCCUCGCCCCUUUUAUGAUGCAACUUGAGGAGGCCCCCCCCCCCAAUCCACAAAGUGUCCACUUUCGUGAUCUGUAACUCGCCUUUGGGUAACACUGGUACUUGUGUUUGCUCUUGUUGUAUUUGAUGUUGUGAUGAAUUUUUAUUAAGAUGGGGGUCUGUUGUUUGUUGUGAGGACUGAUGAUGUUGGUUGGAUGCAGUGCAUUGUAUGGCUGGUGUUACUGUUGUCUUUUAGCCUGUGUAGUUACGUCGCAUGCCCGCAUUUAUGAUAGGAGAAAGCGAUGUGCUUUUCUUUUGUUA